AUGCAUAAUCUUUUGAACUCUCAUGUCAUUGAUGUUCACUGCCAUCCUACGGAUUCUCACAUAUCGGCUGAGUCGAUGGAGGCCCUCGAGAUCACCAUUUGCGCAAUGAGUACAAGACGGGAAGAUCAACCAUUGGUUCGAUCUCUUGCCCUCUCAUAUCCGGAUAAGGUCAUUCCAUGCUUUGGAUAUCAUCCUUGGUUCACUCAUUGGAUAUCCCUCAACUCCGUAGUCCCACAAAAAGAAGAUCACUAUCGGUCCUUGUUUCUGCCGGCAAGCGAGAGAGAAUCACAAGUUCUUGAUGAACUGUUGGAGUCUCUACCUAACCCGAUAACAAUAGACGACGUACUGGUUGAUCUCCGUCGUAAUCUUGAGGACUUCCCGAAUGCCAUGCUCGGGGAGGUCGGUCUUGACCGUUCUUUUCGCGUUGCCCACGAUUAUUUUGCGUCCCCCAGGAAGCUCACCCCAUUUUCGACCCCGCUCGAACACCAGCUUGCUAUCCUUAAUGCCCAAAUCGACGUUGCUAUCGAUUUACGCCGAAAUAUCAGUUUACACAGUGUAAAAUCCCAACAAGCUACUAUGGAUCUCCUAUCCACUCUUCAAGCUAAAUACGGUGAUAAAUGGACCAGGAUUAGUUUGGAUGUGCAUAGCUGUGGCUUCAGUCCUACGAUGUGGAAGGAGAUCGAGCGAAAAUUUUCCAACGUGUUUCUGUCACUUUCAACUGGUAUCAACAGCAGGUCCCCGAGUCACAGAGCCCUGAUUGAAGCCUGUUCUCCUGAUCGUGUGCUUGUGGAAAGCGAUUUCCAUGAUAUCUCAAUGUGCACGGAAAGAACGUGGGACAUGUUACGGACAGUGGCCGACGUCAAAGGAUGGAACCUAGAAACCGAAUGGGUGGAAAAUGUUGCCGAUUCUGACUGGGGUGCAGUGCGUCUGCUGGAGAGAAACUGGAAGAAGUUUCGAUUGGGUAACCAUGCACCUGUCGCAAGUCCCAAAAAGAAUAGGGAAAAGAGGACUGGAUUGAGUGAUGACGAGCCUUCAGGGGACGAAUCAGGAUAGUAGAAGGUAUAGGAAAGUGUACAUAAUAUAUUAAGAAUGUAUGAACAAAUAUAUUAAUUCCAUAGGUAUGAGAGAAGUAGGAGAAUACAGAAUCCAAUGACAACGCCCAUAAUGAUGGAAUCUCGCCGUCGCCUUGACUUUAUCAUCGCAACGACGUUAUUGAUGCCGGGCAUUGAGUCUAUACCGGACAUUGCAUGAGAGGUGGGCUCAGUACGUUCACCAUCCUCGUGCUGAUUCCAGCCAACGAUACCCCUUGCCUACUGAAUUCUGCCCGUGUUUCAUAAGCUUGU